AUGUCAGUGAAUAGUAAAAGGCCAAGCAAAACAAGAAGCGAAUGGACCGACCCCCCGUCCAAGUCUUGUGCUACCUCCUACGUAUCUCCCGUCUUCCUUGUAGCCUUUUGGUACUACGCUGCACCUUUAUGGACCUCCUCUAUCUACCUCUUCUACACUCCACACUCCACACUAAACUACCCGACUACCACUUACCCUCCUAUUCCUCCUAUUCCUCCUCCUCCUCCUCCUCCUCCUCCUCCUCCUCCUUUUCCUGGUCCUCCUACUACUCCUGCUGCACAUGUGAAGAUACCAACCGUAUACCCGGAUCUUCUUCUUCUUCUCCUCCUCCUCCAUCGUCGUCACUACUCAUACCCCUUCGAAGAAAAUAAAAUAAAAAUUCUCGCCUACACACACCAUUGGAUCAUCCAUCCACCCCUGCUCAUAUCUCGUGCUGAUCCCGCAGCUGGACCCGGCUUUUCGGUUCCCAUCGAUCUGGGACGUCGUCCUUUGGGCGGUGGUGAUAUGGUCCUGGUGGUGGCUUGA